CAUGGAGUUUGAGGAGUCCGGGAUCGGGGAGGAGUGCGGAGUUUUUGGGUGUGUUGCUGCUGGAGAGUGGCCCACACAACUGGAGGUGGCUCAGGUCCUAACUCUGGGAUUGGUGGCGUUACAGCACAGGGGUCAGGAAAGUGCUGGAAUUGUCACAAGUAAUGGAGCCAGUCCACCCACAUACACAAGCCACAAGGGCAUGGGAUUAGUGAGCCAUGCUUUCCCACCCGAGGCUCUUCUGAAGCUGCGCUAUGGUAACCUCGGCAUUUGUCACACACGCUAUUCAACUACUGGGAUCUCAGAGCUGCAGAACUGCCAGCCCUUUGUGGUGGAUACGCUGCAUGGCAAGAUUGCUGUGGCACACAAUGGAGAGCUGGUUAAUGCCCGUGCCUUGAGGAAAAAGGUGAUGCGCCACGGUGUCGGCCUCUCUACCAGCUCAGACAGCGAGCUUAUUACACAGCUGCUGGCUUUAACUCCACCCAUGGAGGAGCUGGACACACCUGAUUGGGUUGCCAGAAUUAAAAAUCUCAUGACUGAAACUCCUACAUCGUACUCACUGUUGGUCAUGUUCAAAGAUGUUAUCUAUGCGGUGCGUGACCCUUAUGGGAAUCGACCCUUCAGCAUCGGACGGCUGGUACCCAUCUCCAAGCUCCACAGUAGAGCUGCAGGAGAGGAGGACACUGAAGGGUGGGUUGUGUCAUCGGAAUCUUGCAGCUUCCAGUCAAUCGGAGCCAAGUAUUACAGAGAGGUCUUACCAGGUGAGAUCGUCCAGAUUUCCAAGCAUGGUGUCAAGUCUCUGAGUGUUGUGCCCCGCCCUGAAGGAGACCUUCCUGCCUUCUGCAUUUUUGAAUAUGUUUAUUUUGCCAGACCAGACUCGAUUUUUGAAGGGCAGAUGGUGUAUACCGUGAGGCAGCGCUGCGGGCGGCAGUUAGCCAUCGAGGCUCCAACAGAUGCUGACGUGGUCAGCACUGUGCCAGAGUCUGCCACCCCAGCAGCUCUGGGCUAUGCUCAGCAGUCUGGUCUUCCAUACACUGAGGUUCUGUGUAAGAACCGCUACGUUGGCAGAACAUUUAUUCAGCCAAAUACCCGCUUGAGGCAGCUAGGUGUUGCUAAGAAGUUUGGGGUGUUGACGGACAACUUUGCUGGGAAACGUGUGGUGAUUAUUGAUGACUCUAUCGUGAGAGGCAACACAAUCUCCCCCAUCAUUAAACUGCUGCGGGAGGCUGGUGCAACAGAGGUCCACAUCAGGGUGGCGUCUCCACCUAUCAAGUUUCCGUGUUACAUGGGCAUCAACAUUCCAACAAAGGAGGAGCUGAUUGCCAACAAGCCAGAGUUUAAAGACAUUGCUGGUUAUAUUGGUGCUGACAGUGUGGAGUAUCUAACCGUGGAGGGCCUCGUAUCAGCUGUCCAGGAGGGGAUUACCUCCUUCCAAGAGGAUAAGAUCAGCUCCAAUAACAAGUCCAGCCAGAGAAUGGGCCACUGCACUGCCUGCCUGACUGGGAAAUAUCCAGUGGAGCUGGAGUGGUAAAUGCUGUGACAUCGCUACAACCAACUACAGCAGCAACAGCACUGUGGAAGAAUAACAAACUUCCCAAACAGGAACGACUUGGUCCGUUAUCUCAGUGCUGCUACCAGGAAAAUGUUACAGCACAGGACUUUUACUACACUCAGAACUCUGCUCAAAACUUUGACCACUGGCUGAACAUGAUGCUGCUGGUCAUCUCCAGGGGCGGAGCUUUGCAGCACUGUACUUUUUUUUUUUUUUUUAAACAUCCUGAUGUUACUGGUUGGUGUGAUUAUGGGAGCACUUUUCUGAGAAUACCAAAAUAGCCUUUUGUUAAUGUGUUGUCUGUAAUGUUCCAACAUAAAUGUAAACACUAACUUCAUCUCUUCAUGUGUUAUCUAAGCAUUAACAGAACAUUCAAUACUUUCCAUGUCAGAAACGCACACAAAAGAUACCGACCAAAAAGUGAAAUGACCUGUACUUUAUUUACUUAAAAUGAA